CUUAUUAGUUUGGGUUUUUGGACGAAGUGCGCGACGCGACUCGAAACUUCGUGCGCGCGAUGGGCGCAGCUGGGAAGUUGGUAAACAAUUCCCAUGUAACAGCAUCGAAAAUUCACCGGCAUUGCUGGCUGCUGCGACAUGUAGAAAGUUACCGCGGUGUUUGCGGCUAUGACGACGCCGUGGCAGAUACGUCCAACCGCUGUCAUCGGUUCCGCAACGCUUGUCGCCGUCGCCACAGUGAUUUUUUCGCUGUCGUACCGGAGUGAUGUGCCCCUCAACGGCUUGGAAAACUGUUACGUAUUUAUUGAUCGCUUAAAGAAAUCGGAGUUCGCCUUUAUAUACGCGAACGUUGGUUCGUUGCUCGCUUCAAUAGGUUUCAGUCGAGAGGGUAGAAGAUGGGAAAGCCGAAACGUCACGAUACGAAGUUCCUUCCGAGGUAUUGAUGCGAGUUCGCUGACGAAAAACAUUACUGAUGAGGUUUUGUCGAACCCCAACAGCAAUCUUCAGGCUCUCCUGUCAUGGAGAGAAGCUCAGCAGCAUGUCAAAACGUUGCCACUGUCCAGAUUCUCAGCUUUUCUGCCACCUCAUGGUAACAUUCACGGUAAUCCGUGGUGGCUGUUGGAAGCAAAAGACUCGCGAAACUCCGAUGGACAUGUGGAGGCGGAUGUCUACGAACCACCAACACCCGGAACACCAGCCGAAGUCCUGCUUGGAGAGCUUUUCGGGAUGUUUCAUCAAAAUGUCUUCCUCUUUACGAGAGCAUCGCCUGCUGGAACAGCUGCGGUCGUUACAAGAAGCAGAAACAGCACACUGGAUAUCCUGUUCAGGUCCCACAUUGAGUUCCAGAUCAGCACGCCACCACAGAGGCCACUUUGGUUCACACCUGCUCAGUUCCAAGGACGAGUGGUGAUCAGUGAGGACGGUUCUGUCCUGCACCACUUUGAGGCUCACGUGCCCACCGACCGGCAACUUAACGUUGAUCUGGAAUGGCUAUCACAACGGUAUAGCGGUGACGCCCCGACCACAGAAGUGGACAUUGGAAAAGUUGCUGAGAUGGUGCUUAGUUUGGAAACUCCCAAUGGGCUGCCUACGGAAAUGCGCCCGUCAUCUAUAAGCUCUAAUGAAGAGGACAAGGCACUUAGAAAGCUGCAUCAGAUGUUCUUUCCUUUCCUCAAGGUGCCAUACCACAACCUGAGUUCAGUGGUAGCAGAAGCCAGGCGCCACAAGAAGCUAGUCCACUCCAUCAUCACCUGGGGUCCGCUGGAUGAUCAGUCCUGCUGAGGAAGCGCUCGGACCCUACGACAGGGUCCCCUGGCUUCGCCUGCAGUUCAAAAGCUCCUGCAGGCUGGCUUUGUCAGCUCCUGGAGCUUAACAGCUGAACUACAUGAUUACGCCGCCUCCGAAACAGAUCAAGCAACGAAGAAAAUGGCUGCUGCCUGUCUCACCGAGUACAAGUUUCCCGUCCAGAUUCUGUGCCUUCUGCCGAACGCAACAGUAGUCGACAGCAUCUGCGCCAAUGACCUUCUCGCCGUAGAUGACGUCGAUGAAGCGGAACUUCAAGGAUUCACUGACCCCAUCGAAAUGGCUUACCACCAGUUCCUCAGCUCCUGCAUUAUGAAGGCCCGCACCAAGCAUCUCUUCGAGGUUUCCUAAACCUUCGUCUGUCACAAGAAUUUUGCACCGUAAUCAAAACAUACACGAAAGUGCCUUUCACUGUAGCGUCGGUAGCUAUCAUAUGAAAUCAAAACAAUAUUUUACACUUGGCCUUAGUUAACUGGCCCUGUCUCGGGCUUAGUCACAUACUCACUGAGAACGUGCUGUCCAGUUGCUUCAUGGUAAUUCAUGGUAAUACAGUUGAGCUUUGUUGUAACGAAGACAUGUCCAACACAAGGAUACCUUCGUUAAAUCCAAUAUUUGUUAUUAGCAUACCCACUGGCAUCAGCAUGAAGAAAACGAAAAUUCACAGUUGAGUGUAAACAAUAAUGAUGCCUCCAAUUAAAUGAAGCACGGCCAGUCAUAUUUCAGAUUCACUACAUUAUAUAUUAUAUGAUGAAUUAUAUACUUGUGUUCAGAUAUAUUGAGGCUCAACUGCAGUCAAAGCGUGACAGCUAUGUUAUGAAUGCAAACAAGUUGUGAUUGAAACUGUCACACUGUGCUGAGCUAUUACAGUGCCUGUAGAUGUCACAUAUCAAAAUAUUCAUCUAUCAUAACUUCUGGAAUGUACACAUAAACUGCACCAGCUGUGUUACUGCUAGUAACUCGAGCUUAGCAUGAAUGCUGCUGUCAAUUGAAGCUUAGCAUGAAUGCAAAAUCAAAGCGUGUAUACCUGACACCUAUUAGCUUUUGCUUUUCCUGUGAUUAUCUGUGAUACAACCACCUCCACCAAUCACAGCAUAUUUUUUUUUCUUUUGUAACAUCACAAUGCAAGUGCUGCAAAAACAUCACAUCUAUUCCGUCGUAAAGCCCUUAUACAGUAAAGCCUCGUUAGCUCAAAGUAUUAUAUCUUGAAAUAACGAUUAUUUAAGUUGAAUUUUUUUCCACCGUAAUGUCAACUCUAUAUUUUUCACCUCUUAUCUCGAAAAAUUUUUGCUGCAUACUCUGAAUAUCUCAAAAUUUCAACUGCAAUACUGCCUGGGAAGAGUCACAACUUGAAGGUUUCCAUAUUUUGUGUACAGCUGCGAUAUCGCCAAAGAGUGAAAUGAGAAUUCUGUGGCCACAGCGACUUUCCAUGAAUGGUGUGAACCAUCCUAGGCCUUACCUUAAUUUUUAUUUGCACAAAAAAGUGUGCGUGCCCUCUCAGUGGUGUGCGAGGCUAGAUGGAGAGGUUAAAACCAUUACGCCCGUGGCUCGGGUAGCACCGUGCUUAUCAACCCCUUGCACGAGAGGGCCUGGCAUCGCCACUGGCGAAGUGCGCCUUCGCACCGACCAAGGUCACGUCAGAGAGAGCAACCCGCUUAGCAACCAUUGCUGUUUGCCCGAUAAAUGUGAAAACGACAAGCGACUUCCGCCAAACCUUUCACAAUGCAUCGGGGAUUGUAGAGGUCUCUUUUGCAAAGGGAGAUGAUUUUAUGAAUAUCCCAAUGUGUCGAUUUCCUUGACAGCCGAGCAUCAUGGCUUCCGGCACUUUUCAUCUGGCAGCGAGCAAUUGUGCUGCGCCAUGCUAGCUAGCGCAGCGAGACGCCGCACUGCAAAUUCGUUCUCCCUUUCUCUCGCUCGCACACGAUUGAUUGCUGCCACCUCUCUGUGGCUCUCAUUUAAGCGGUGAAUGUGAGUAGAGCUUUGCUUUUUUUUUUUUCUUCUCAUUGAGGAUGCUGUCAGUGGUGCAUCAGGACGGCUAUGGCGUAUUAAUUAUGACCUUGAGGGAAACAGUCCACACUCUUGAGCAGGCACAGUCAGACCACUCGCUACAGCUAAAUGAGGCGAGCGUGCGAGCCCACAGCAUAGUUUCAGUUUCCGCAAGAUCAAGGCUUGGCAAGGUCACUCGCUUUAUGCUUGUGUGGCGGAAACAAUAACGUCACUCCAGCACAUUCACAGUUCUGGUUGAGUUUUCCAAGUGGAAUUCUAUGGAAUUCACUGCGGUGUCAUUUUUUCCCCCACGUUUGUUACUGGUUUUCAGUGCCAAGCAUACUGCCUCGCCACAGUGCUAGGAACGCUGUUGUCUGCAGAUGCCGACGUGUUUGGUGCCGAGCCACGUGAAAUCUCGCGAAAGUGAUUGUGUUACCAAAAGUGAUCGACUGAGAAUACUGCUACUAGUAUACUGAGCUUUUGCCACUAAGUUAGCUGUUACCGGCGCCAUAAUGGUAAGUCCCUGUGGUCCAUGCGUGAUUUUGGCAAUUUCAGUUAUCUUGAAACUCCGCUUAUCUCGACAUCUUGUUCAGUAUUUAAGAGUUGGCGUUGGAGAGUUAAUAGGGUUUUACUGUACUUAAGCAAGAUAUUCCAAGGCAAGACACCCAAUAUUUUCUACUGUUUAUCACUCAAGAUAUUAUAAGUGCAAGUCGGCCUAGUUGGAACAGAUCCAGCUUAAAACUUUUUGUGCACAAACAAACAGGGACGAAGAAUAGGAGCAACACAAGGAAAGCGCUCGUCCUUGUGUUGCUCCUAUUCUUCGUCCCUGUUUGCUUGCGCACAAGAAGUUUUAUCAAGAUAUUACUUGUGAAACAAUCACACAUAAUUUGUCAUUGUGCCCAACCUGAGAUCUUUGCAUGAAUUUCAAUGCAUUAAAGGACUCUCAUCAGGUUUGAGUCUUAUAAACAGAUAAGUGUAGUGCUUAGAUCAUGCAGCAAGGAUCAUGUCUGCAGUGUAUUGCUCCAACGUAUGGUGCGAAAGCAACUGAAGAUUAAAAAAAAAAGCCUAUGUGUUGUUUAGCUCGAAAGCCUACCAGUGAGACGACAACACAUGUAUGAUGCUUUUACAUAGCACACGUAGCACACACAGCACAAAUAACAGGCAGCAGUGUGGGAAACGAGAAAUUUCGAUGAAAUGCAAAGGGCACAGAAUGUCCUCUGGCAAGUAUGCCAUGCAGCAAUAAAAGAAGGGAGACAAACAAACAAAAGCAAGAAGCCUCUGCUUCUUAAAGCAGUUCAUGCUGGUGUGACAAAGAGUGGAAUUUUCCGAGUAGGUUAGCACAGAUGUUCCAGCUGCUACCUAUCACAACAUAUUUCUGUCACAGUUUUGUGUAAGUCAGCAACACUUUUUGCUCACAGGACACAAGAUGUAGCAUGCAGUGCAGUGCCUUAGGAUUUUACACGCAUGCUCAUUUUAAAGCGGCAUUUAUGUUCAGAA